AUGGCUUUACACAACCAGUCAGUCGCGUUCGUCGGAUGCGGGAACAUGGGCGGGGCAGUGCUGAAGGGGGUGUUGGAUGCCGCAUUCACAAACAACGACGCAGGAAAGUCUCAGCCUAUAUCCGACUUUAUUGCAACCACGCGGUCAGAGGCCUCUGCCAAGAAACUGAAAGCGUCUAUUGCGGCAAAUUACCACUCGCGCGUUAAAGUUGUUCAUGGACAGAAUGUCCAGGUGAUGCGGGAAGCAGACGUGGUGAUCCUCGGGUUCAAGCCGUUCAUGGCUCAAGAUAUUCUCAGUGGUCCGGGUAUUAGGAGCGCUCUGGCCGGGAAACUGGUCAUCAGUAUGCUGGGCGGACAAACGACCGACAACUUGGCUGAAUUCAUUCGAUCCGGGGAUUCUGUUGACUACCCGGAUCCUUUCCUGGUGAAAGCGAUUCCGAACAUGGGAGCGCCGUUCCGGCAGUCAAUGACCAUGAUCGAAACGCCAAACGAGUCUCUGCCAAAUUCGAUGCUAGAGUUCGUGGAGUGGAUCUUCAAUCAAGUGGGCAAGAUUUGGUAUCUUCCUCGUGAGCUCACAGAUGUCGGCUCGAUGCUGACCGGUGCAUCUCUCGCGGCGAUGACCGUUCCGAUUGAGGGACUGCUCGACGGAGCUGUGGCGGAGGGGAUCAAGCGGCCAGAGGCUAUGCAGAUGAUCCUGCAAGGGCUGAAAGGCUUGACUGCGGCGCUGGAAUCGGGUAUUCACCCUGCGGUUUUACGGGAGAGCAUUUCUUCGCCGAGGGGAUGUACAAUUCAGGGUCUUUUGACACUUGAAAGAGCUGGGACACGCUCGGACUUUGCGGAUGCAUUGAUCAAUGGGACUCGCCAUUUGAAAGAACCUAAGAAAUAG